AUGGCGAUGUGCAGUUUAGAUCCAAGGACAGGUGGAACUUGUGCGAACAUCAUCGCGAAUAAAUUCUGCAGUUACGUCGUUGCUUAUGUGCAGUUGAUCCUUUGGAUAAGCGCCUUCUUCAUAUUAGUCUUCAACCCAUCUUCAGUAUCGAAUGUAGUUCAAAAUGCUGACACCACAUCAAUGGUCAUCACCGGCUUCGUGUCUUUGUUCUGCAUCAUUAUUUCAGUUGUUCUACUACUUGGAUUGCAUAAAGACAGACGACUGUACGUUAAAGCAUAUUGUAUUUAUAUUGUGGUAUACUUAGUGCUAAUGGCGUUAGGGUUUUUCGUCAACAUAUUUGUUCAACCAAAGAAGAUGGGUUUCCGUGGCUUUUUCUCUAUGGUGCUUUCUUUCUUAAUGAAUCUGUUCUUCUUCUUCGUUGUGAGAUGUUACUACUUAAUUAAAUACUGCAAUGGUUCUAACCAAUUAGUGACAAAUCAACCCGAAGUUUGA